AUGUUGGAAUUCAAAACACGAGAAGAACUUCUCAACCAGCCACAGACUGCAGCUGAACAUGAACAAGAUCUCAAUGAGAGCAGUAGCUCGUCGAGCUCAAGUUCAAGCUCUUCCGAAGACUCCAGUAGUAGCUGUUUCGAGGACGAAGAGGAUGAAGAAAAGGUCGAUGCUGACAAAGACCAAAAGCGUAGCCGAAGGGUUUCACAUGGAAGUGUACAGUCGCUCAAUAUUGCCUCGUUAUUCCACAGUAGGAGACGACGAAAACAUCCCAAUCCUAAGGAUGCGGGUACGGAUAUCAGCGAAAUAGGGAAGCAGGAAUUGGCGAGUAUGCCUGACCCCAUUUUCCAUCCCGCUACGUCACCAACUCCACCUCAUUACUACAGAAAACGAACUAGACAUCCAUCCUAUCGGCACAAUGGGAUUCUUCCAGGCGAUGCAAAGCGAAAGUCAUCCAUCUACGGUUCUAACAGUGUAUUGUCGCAUGGAGCGAUAGCAGUCACCAAGGAAAGCGAUGAUCCAUUCAAUAACCGGCCGAACUUUCUGUUGACUGUAGGGCAAUCUACGCUCGAACGCCCAAUUAAAAUCCGUCGCCGACUGUAUGAGUUCUACACAGCUCCCAUCACAACAUUCUGGGCGUGGACCCUGUCGUUCUGCUUGUUUCUGACUGCAUUCACCUACGUUCUGCUGAUACGCACUCCACCGAAACCAUCGUGGUUGGAAUGGUUGCUACUUGCCAUAUGUCAUUGCAUUCGGGAUGGAACACUUUAG